AUGCCCGAGUCCACCCGAAUGGCAGGGACACGACAGGAGGAAACAGCCAGCGAAUGCGAAACUUGCCCAUUGCCUAAUGCAAUAUAUGUCCCAAUGGUGGAUCUCACCCUCUCACCUAGCGCGACUGAUUGGUCUUGGGUUAUGCGCUUCGGCAUUUGUUUUGCAUUUGAAUAUACUCGAGUAUGCGAAGCAGCAAACGACGUGGAUGACCAAAUCCAAGCAGGAAACUUGGAGCCACGCGUCUGA